UUCCUGUCUGUGCUCUUGCAACACCGCCCGCGCUGCUCUCCCUUCCCUCCCACUCUCUCUCGCCUUAGUUUUCUCGGAGUUCUCAGACAUGGGCUCCAGUUCUGGCCUUCGGGGUUUGAGGACCUUGGGUUAGGGCGGUGACCUCCACCCGGGUCUCAACGCUGCUUGCCCCUUCGGGCCCACCCGAGGCCCGUGGCUCCCGGGACCUUCUGGGCAGACUUUGGACACCACUGCCACCGCAGCUGUCCCGAGCCCCAAUGGGGGAGUGAGAGGCCCUGCUGGCCGGAUAUGGGCCUCCCCACUGAGUCCGGCCUGCUGCUGCCACUGGUGCUCCUGGCUCUGUUGGUGGGGAUAUACUCAUCAGGUGUCAUUGGCCUGGUCCCUCCCUCUGGGGAUCGGGAGAAGAGGGAUAAUUUGUGUCCCCAGGGAAAAUACAACCACCCUAAAAAUAAUUCCAUCUGCUGCACCAAGUGCCACAAAGGCACCUACUUGUUCGAAGACUGUCUGGGCCCUGGCCUAGACACAGACUGCAGGGAGUGUGGAAAUGGCACCUUCACCUCCUCUGAGAACUACCACCGGGAGUGCUUAGGCUGUUCCCAAUGUCGGGAAGAACUGUCCCAGAUAGAGCUUAGUCCUUGCACAGUGGACCGGGACACUGUAUGUGGCUGCAGGCAGAACCAGUUCCAGGACUAUUUUGGUGAAAGACAUUUCCGGUGCACGGACUGCAGCCUCUGCCUCAAUGGCACUGUGGCUAUCCCUUGUCAGAAGAGACAGAACACAGUGUGCACCUGCCACACAGGCUUCUUUCCAAAAGGGAGCAAGUGUGUUUCCUGCAGCAAAUGUAAGCAAGACUUGGGGUGCACAAAGGUGUGCCCGCACCCUGUUCCUGUAAUUAAGCCCCCACAGGACUCAGGUACCACGGUGCUGUUGCCUCUGGUGAUCUUCUUUGGCCUCUGCCUUUUGUUCAUCCUCUUCAUCAGUUUAAUGUGCCGCUACCCCAGAUGGAAGACCAAGCUCUACACCAUUUUGUGUGGGAAAUCAGCGGAGAAAAAGGGUGAGCUUGAAGGAAUUACUACUAAGCCCCUAGUCCACCCGGAUUUAAGCUCCACCCCCAGCUCCAACCCACCCUCCAACUCCCCCUUCUCUCCCUGUACCCGGGAUGUGGAGAUGGCCUUACCAUCCCAGGAAGCUAAGCCCAACUUCACGAAGCUGCUCGCCUCUGCACCUAUCCCCGACGUCGGCCACAAGAGGGAGGACAGCGUCUCCGCGCAGGUCAUGGAUGGUGACUAUGGACGGUGGCAGGCCAGGCCACGCCUGGUGGAGGCCUCAUCCCUCACAGCCGAGCCCGCGACGCUGUACGCUGUGGUGGAUGGCGUGCCUCCGUCCCGCUGGAAGGAGUUCAUACGGCGCCUGGGGCUGAGCGAGCACGAGAUAGAGCGGCUGGAGCUGCAGAACGGGCGCUGCCUGCGCGAGGCGCACUACAGUAUGCUGGCGGCGUGGCGGCAGCGCACACCGCGACAUGAGGCCACACUGGACCUGCUGGGCCGUGUGCUGUGUGACAUGGACCUCCUGGGCUGCCUGGAGAACAUCCAGGAAGUGCUGUGCAGCCCCGCCUCCCUGAUGCCCCUGCCCCAACUCCCCCGAUGAGGUCCCGCCCACAGGCCAAGCCACACCUUCUUGCCACCUCCUUUCCCACAAGUCAUUACGCAGGUUUGCCUUGGGCGGAGUCCGGCCCCCAACUCCCGGAUGAGGCCCCGCCCCAGGCCCUGCCUAAAUUGGUCAUGGGCACUCUUUUGGGCAUCCCGCCAAGGCAGUUGAGCGAGGUGCCUCGUGGCCCACCUCCUUCACCCCAUCACCUCCCCGGUGAGGAAGUUCUUAGAGGAAUGGGCCCGAGCUGAGGACUUAAUUGGUGCUACCCAGUCAGUGGGUGGACACCACCCUGGAGCCUGCAGUGUGCGCAGGUAGUAGGGGGUGGGUCUAGAAAGGAGCACUGUGCCUCUGGCGCGUUUUGGGUGUGGAGGGCUCAGCAAGGCUGCCUGGGGGCCCUGCGUGGUUCCUGGGCCUUUUUCACAGUAGCUAAGCAUUCUUUGUCUCAGUCUUAUCACACUAAUGGAACCGGCCUGCAUUGUCCGCAUGCAGGAGAAAGCACGAACAGUGGGGCCUGCAGCUGGAUCCGUGGACUUUUGUAAAUACACUAAAGCUCUGAAAUUCAA